AUGCACCCAAGGGGGGACCCACACGCGCCGUGCACCCACACUUGGCAGUCCCGCCUAUUUAUUACAGACCUGCCGUUGGCGCUGGGGAAUGCGGCGGAUGCUGUCGAAAUCGUGAGCGCAGGCUACAUCUUGAGGACCUUCAAAAACGAGGACGGGAGCUCUCUCAACAGCACUCAGAAAGGCGCGACGGUGUCUCUCAUCUCAAGCUUCUGGAUGGUCGGCUCGGCGUUUGCGGCAAUCGCGGCGUGGGUAGUGCUCGGCGAUGGUUUUGGUGGGAGGCGGAUCUUCCCAGGAGGCACCUGGCGGCACUACGCAUUGGUUGCAGCCCUGCCGGCAGUAGCAGCCCUGUUGCUGACCUUCAUCUUCGUUCCCGAGUCACCGAGGUUUCUCGCCAGACAGGGUUGGUAG